GCUCGACGCCGCGACGCCCGUAGUCGGCACGAACACCGCGAGUCCGAAAGGCGCAUCGACUGUGUCGAUGGUAUAAAUAUACGCGCGUGCUCCAGUUUGAAAUUUAACGGAAAAAGCGAUCAUUCCCUUUCCGAACGUAGAAUCGUUUCGACUACGAAUUAGUAUGCAUUUUAAGUUUUUUUUUCGCAGUUGUGGUUUUUGAAUUGCCGACGACGAUGAACGCGCGACGCUGACCGCCUGAACGAUGCCUCACGAAUAUCAGCGGCGUCUCUAGUCAUAGUUACGUAACGCGAAAUGCUUCAUCGUAGUACGUCAUCGAGGAGGAGGCGGGCUUCCAGGAGUGCCGCUUCCUCACCUCAAACUCGCCCGUCCGGUACGCGUUCGGCGGCAACUAGCCCGGGUCGAAGGGCUAGCAUCGCGGUAUCACCGGUCGACGGUGGUCGUAGCUUGAUUGCUCCCGAAAUAAAUCGAAGCCCCAGACACAGCAUCAUACCCGACAUUUCACUGAUGGAGACCCGUGAAGAUCGACGAGGAAGUAUAGAUGAUCAGGAUAUCGUAUGUAACAGAUCACCACGUCACUCGUUGGUGCCCGAUGGAAUUCUGAGCCCGCGUGGCAGCCUCGUUCCUGACUCGCAACGGUCACCCAGACAUAGCUUAGUGCCAAACGAUUUAAGAAGUCCCCGAAAUAGUCUAGUUCCAGAUUCAGCGUUAUCGCCCAGGAACAGCUUAGUUCCAGACCAAUACAACAGAAGUCCAAGAAACAGCCUUAUCCCAGACCAAAACAGGACGCCUAGGCAUAGUCUCACGCCCGAAUCUAGUCAAUAUGGCUCUAGGUUAAAUAUUACUGAACAUAAUCGCAGUCCGCGAAAUAGUCUUCUUCCUGACGGCACCAGGACUCCGCGUCAGGUCAUAACCCCAUCCGAAUCUACAACCUGGAAUAUCGAGGAAGGCACGAGGAGCCCGCGCCAAACCAGUCCGAGAGGUAGUAUUGCUCCUGAGUCGCUAUCCCUUCGGACGAGCCCCAGAGGCAGUAUCACGGGAGAACUGAGUUCCGAACAGCAACGUAGUCCGCGGGGCAGUAUAUGCCCGGAGAAUGGUUGCGAUAGCAACCGAAGUCCCAGGGGCAGCAUCGUUACAAGAAGCAACCUCGCGUCCGAUGUCAGGAGUUCGAGGGGAAGUUUGACAUUGACAUUUCAGGAGCCUCCGUUGAGCGAACGACGAGCUAGCGCCGAUAACCAUUCAGGAUCUCGAGUUAAGACUUCGUCGCCGUCAUAUAGAUCGUCCUCAAGAGGCAACAUAAACAUGGGUUACAGCGGAAACUCGGGCCUUGACGGCAGCGGCUCCAGACGGGCAAGCAGCUCGGUUAGCCAGGUGGUGGUGCCACAGGUGUCUGGUGACGAGCAACGGAGAUUGUGCGCCGACCAGAAAUACAUUGAGGACGGCGGCCAGAGUCUAGGUUUGGGAUUGAGCUUGACGACGUACGGCUCGGUGGCCUAUCAGCUCAAGGACGCCAACCUAGAGGCGACCAGCACCUGCGACUUUGUGUGCCGGGCUCUGGGCAUUGUCAAUAAAACUGUGGUAGUCACCAUCGUUCUGGCCUGUUUGUCCUUUCUACCCCUGAUCAUGCUUAUUAUGGGUGUCCAGUUCUUGCGCGACUGCCCCAGAGAACCGAAUAUCCCGAUUUAUAUGGUGGUGGGCGGCAGCGUGGGCUGCAUCAAAAUGGGUCUGACGCUCUGGUCGCAACUUCACACCAGACGCAUGGACGCGCAGUCAUCGAACGCAACUUCCAUCGGUUCCAAAGUCGCAUCGGUCGCUCUCACCGUCCUCCUCAUCACCUGGUUCGGCCUGGGCAAUUACUGGAUACUGAGAAUAAAAUGGCCGGAUUAUGCACCGUCGUCCAUCUUCGAACCGAACAAGUGGUGUCACCGUACGCUGUACGUGUUCGCGCUGGUCCACCUGUGCAUAGUGUAUUCCCUGCUAGGGGCAGUGUUCGUGCUGGUAGUAGUGUUGGCCGGGUGUCAGAUUUUCGGGUGCCCUUGGCUCGGACCGGCCCGAUACAAAUAGCAAAGCCCGCCCGACUACUUCGAACUGUGGGACGUGCCGAGGACUUAUCAUUAACUUGCUCAAAGUGGUCCGUCGACUUAAUGGAGAGUGCGUGCUAUGCGUAUGGGGGCUCACAUCAAACGGAACAGACGUCUAAGUAGAAAAGUGUUAGCUGUGCUUAUGAUUAGGUAAUUACUGUAGCCGUAAGACGUCGCGAGAUUGCAUUUCCUCAGUUUCUUCGACCCUCUGGGUUCUUUCUUUGUUCGUUCCCAGAGCAUGUGUCCAGAAUCAAAUCAAUAUUACGUAGACCUUAUCCGAUCGUUAGCGGCAUUAGAUACUAAUCUUUAGUCAGCCCUUUCGUAUUCGAUUUUCCCAUCAUGCAAGCAGUAAAAUAAAUGAUACAUUUUUGAGGUAUAAUCUUUUCAAUUUAAAGCCACGCCAUGAAAAUGUUCUCUGCUCUUUUACUAUAGAUCGCGAACAUUGUCGCCAUGUAUGAUGUAAACGAAUGCAUGACGCUUAACGUCUUGCCCAGUUUUAGUUUGGGAGACAUUGAAUUUAUAAUAUCCUAUUUUUUUUUUGUAAGGAUUUUAUAAAACCUGUACGAACCUUAAAAUUUGUCUUCUUUUUUCUUCUCUUACAAUUCUAGGAUCACGAGCAAUAAACAUGCAAGAAAUCGCUAAUUGAACUGAGGUGACUUUUACUUGAUGGAAAUCCAUUUAUCAAAAUAAAUAAGAACUAAAAGUUCAGAUUUUCACGAAAUUAUAUAUUUUUACAUGACAAUUGUUUUAACAACACCGUGUCUUUGUCAAAUGUCAACAUUUGAUAAAAACACCACCAUGUCGUAUUGGAGGUUUUUUAUGAUAGAAGAGAACUGACAUAAGCGCGCGAGGUACCUGGCUGAGAGUCCCAAAUUCUCAAGACCAUAGAAUAGGAACACCACAUUUUUGUAUCAUAAAAUACAGGAAAUACGAAAAAAAAAACGAAAAUAUUAUUCUAGCAAUUCAAUAUUCUAUAAUUCAAUAUCAGUUCGUAUAUGAUCCACAGAACUGGUUAAAAUUACCAGGUGUGAUGUAAGUGAUGGACCCCUGCUUUGAUCGAUAUUAGCAAUCUUGUAAGCCAAGAGUUCUUUUAAGUAAUACUCCAAAAAGAAAGCUUUAGUAACAAUUGUCAUGUGAAAAUAUAUAAUUUCGUGAAAAUCUGAACUUUUAUUUCUUAUUUAUUUUGAUAAAUCACUAAGUUAAAUUAUGCCUGAUUUUUUUUCUAAAUUAAUUGGUAAUUACAAGUAUGUGCCACAAAUCGAAUUACGUUUAAAAAUUGAAGCUGGAAACUUUCCACCGUUCCAAAUUCUGGAUACUCUGCAUAUUCCCGCACUAUAUUUUGACGUUAACCCAGUCUCUAAAGACUUCGAUGUUCGAAUGUUUCACAAAUCUUGCAAAAUCCGUGUUAAUUUGAUGUGGGAUGAUGUGUCAUGAUAUUCACACUGUUAGAAUCAAUAUUCGAGAACGAGUGCAAACGCUUGUUAAGUUUUUCGACUUUAACGGUUAAAAUAAAAACGGAUGAAAACAACAGGCUCGAAGGAACGAUAAAAAAAACCGUAAGUCGGCAGCAAAUAUGGUCCCUUUGGAACCCCGUGCAAGUCGCGAUGUGCUUAUGCUCCGUUUUAAAUUGAAUUUUGCGGGAAUGUUUUAAUAUAGGCUGCAGGCAGGUUUUAUUAAAGGAAAAUGUCCCCGUAGAGAAACCAAUUUUCUUUCCAUCUUUGAAUAUUCUAGGUGGCAUCGUAUCAUUUUUAUAUGGGAACAUUUAUACAAUAUGUAUUAACAAUGUUUAGUAAAAAUUCGUUUUCCCAAAUUCGUAGAAUCUGAAAAUUAAUUUAGGUUUGGCGAUUGGAAAAUGCAUUCUUGUAUUCCUUAUGGAGAAAAAUGUUUCUAAGGAAACCAAGUUCACUAUAAAUAAUAUUGAAGUUUUUUUGCACACAUUAAAUAAAUUCACUUCGAAAGAAAUUCCAAAAACCGGUGUUUUGCGUUUCGUGCCAAUAAAAUUAUAACGUACCAAGACAAACCAAAAACUAAAUCGAGUUUGAUAAAUGAAUCGCCCAGACAAAUGAUAUAUUGUUACCUCGUUCCUCGGUUAUGGAUCCUCUGUGUAAUAUUAUAUAUAUUGCCGCCGUUGAUGGUUUUGAUCGAUGAAACCUUUGAUUGAAUGAGAUGGCUUCUUGUAUCGGACACUGCUGGGGAAAAUAACCUUGGGGAGAUGUAUUCUCGUCGGCUUUUCCCAGAGGCGACGCUUCCGUACAACACAGGGUGGUCCAGAAUUAGAUGAAAUAGAGCUAAAAAUUUUCUUGCCGACAUUUUAUAACCAUUCUAAGAUGUAGAAUUUUGGGGAUACCCUGUAUUCGUUGAUGUUCUCGGUCUCGUUUCGAAUUGUCUAAUAAAUUUCAUUAACCUACCAAACUUCAGGCGAUUAGAAGACAGCCGGAAAUGAAAGGUGUUUCUAAAGUUCCGGACGCCUUUAUAGGCUUCUGGUGUUUUCCAGCUUCCCCUAUUACGUUGCGGUUUAAGGUUUAUUUCUGCUACGUCGCAUUAGGGAAAGCAAGACCACUAUAUAUAAAUUAAUAACGUAUAUCAUAGAAUUUCUAUACAAAUCUAUAUUUUGUCAUUUUUUUAAACGAUUAUUGAGCUGCUGCUCCGUCAUACGGAAGCAGCGGGAACUUGCGAGGUCCAGCUUUAAACAUAAUGAAAAUUUAGCCAGAGAAUUCGAGUUGGGAAGUCGAAGCUAGGUGUCGGUUUAGCGUUACGUAAACAUGUUUCAUUCUUUACUGGUCUGUACGCAAAUAAACGAUAGGCGAUCUUCAUAAAUUUUGCUAUGACAUUAAGCCAAAGUAUUUUAGAGAAAAUAUAUAUACUUAAAUUUCAACCUAUAAAAAUUACAGAAAAAUUAGAACAAAAUUGAUAAAAGCGCGAUAAAAAGGAGGUAGAUAUUAAAAAUGGAAAAAUAAGGCUAUAUAGCAAUGGGGAUAAUUGUAUUUCUCUAGCUCUUUUUUUAAAUACUUUAUUUGCAGAGAUUUUUCUUGAUGAAAUUAUUUAAAUAUGAUUAUUUGAUGAGCAAACAAUAUUUUCUUUAAAUAUUUGUGGAAAAUAAAAUUUAGAAUACUCAAAAGUCUUAAAAAAGUCCCAAAACAGCGCACACAAAUUCAUAAACUUAAUAAUUCAAAAUUUUAGUCAUUGAAUAAAAUAUAUAAAUAUAAAUAAAACAUUAUUAAUUCUUUUUUAAGGUUUAAAAAAUAUAUUUUAUCCUUCUUUCAAAUGAACCUAACAUAUGCAGCUUUUUUCCUGACCAUUUACCAAUAUUUUUUAUCCAUUACAUUCAAUACAAGAAUUUGCCAUUUAAAAAAACGUCUAUUAACAACGGCAUGAAUUAUCAGUAGAUAUUGUACAUACACAAGAUUGGCUCAGUCAAAAUUGAAAAAAAAAAUUAUAAUUUGUAAAUAAAGUUAAAAAAAUUUUUUCGUAUAUGGGAAUUUAUUUUACAAAAUGAGACCUAAAUAGUAUCUGGACCUUUCACGGCGAAAUUGUGGCCAUUGAGGUGAAAUGCUGUAAACCAUUAAAAUAAUUUUAUAAAGAACCCUCAAACGCUCAAAGGAGCUAAAAAAAUUAAAAAAUAAUAUUAAGCAAUUAACAACAAUUAAACUUAAACAAUAAUUAUUACGACCCGUCUCCUUCUUUCUAAAUAAAAUUUACAUCAAAAAAUAGAUAUUAACUGCAUUACCGGAUCAUUUCAAAUUAAAUCGAAUAUCCUGUAAACUCCCGCCGCAUGCUGAACAAGUUUGGCUCUUUUCAAAUGAAAGUUUAGUAUAAAAAUGUUGCCUUUAGUUAAAUGUUUGAAUCUAAAUCGUAAUUUCCACCUGCAAUUCCGGCUGCGAUCAAAAUGCAAACAAAAACCUUUAAACGGUUAAAGUUUAUUGGUUUUAAUCGGAAUCAUUUAAUGUCAAAAAUCAGGUCGCAGUCGGCUUUUAAAAACACGGUCGGGUCGAGCUUUGACAUCUAAAUGGAAUCCGUUUCCUGUUUUACCCGCGAGAGUGAACGUUUGAGAGAAUCGGUGCCUAUUAGAAAGGUUACCAACCCUUUCCUUUUUCUAACGCGCUCAGAAAGGUUUAUCGAAAUCGAGUUAUUUAUUUUCCAAACCGCUACCAUACACUAGGCUUGACUUCCACAAAAUAAACUGUACAUUUAAAAAAUGGGAAACUCCGAAUUCUGCUGGGACUGUAUGUAUCUUAUAAAAUUGUAAAUUUGUUUGAUGUAUUAGGAAAUCAUGUGGGAAUUGCUUGCUCGCAGGCGUCGGCGUCUAAAAAACCAAAAUGUUAGGCCUCUUUUUAGUCUACGGCCAUCCGGCGAAUUAUGAUUAGUUCGAAUAUUUUGCCUAACAUUUUAGUAAUUAUCAAAAAGUCUAGUCGAAGUAGCAGCAAGUGACAGCAAUCGAUUCAAUUAGAUUCAUAUUUCUUCACAAGUGGACAAAAUACACAAAGGUAUAAUUGGUUGCAUAUAUUUAAACAAUUUCCACAGCAGAUCUCAUUUUUCCUAAAAGAACAUUUGCGUUGAACUGUGUCUUUGUGAUUGGCUCAAAUUGACAUGAGGGAAUUAGUAAGAAGCCAAUUUUUCUGAAACUGGUAUGGUGACAAUAUAAUGGUUAUUAAAAAUGUAUUUCUAUGUGAAAAUAAAAAAAAAAUCAAAUUUACCUGUAACACAAUUCAAACAUUCUACAGCUUGAGAACGUAAGACCCAUUAUUCGAAAUGAGAUAAGGUAAGAGCUACAAUAACGAGUUUAAAACAAAAAUUUCUUGUAUUGGCUUCUUAUGAAUCUGGCAUUUGUGUAUUUCGUAAAGUAUCUAAUUUCAAUUGAAAUCAUUUCUAUAUUAGAAGGAUGCAUUCCAAGACAAUUUCAAGCAUAUAUAACACUCCAGGCCUGUGAAGCGACAUUUCAUAUCAACGGAGGGCUUUCUGUUUUUUGGCAGAAACGAAAAGUGUCAGAGCGAUUAAAUUACAUAUUUGAUAGCAGGGUCUCGGGCUAUAAAUAGACUAAUGGUAUAUUAUGCAACAGGUGCGAUAAACGGCAUUUGACUCAUGAGUUUAUUUGACACGAGCGGAGCGAGUGUUUAGUAAACGAGUGAGUUAAAAAGUUUACCGAACGUGUUGCAUACUAUAAUUUUUCUACGACCGUUAGUUUUUGGGUACAUUUUCGUAAAACAACACGAAUACAUUCACUGACAUGACCGUCAGAAUUGACAAACGUCAAAAUUGAAAGCGUGGGAAAUAUCUCCGACAACAACAUCCGAUUGCUCCCAAAUCCGUGCGGUAAAAUCCCGGAAAUGUUCGAAGUGACUCAGAUUGAUGGGAAAUGAAACUGACGUCCUAAAGUGACGCUUCCCGCGUAUUUUACAGACGGGAGUAGAAAAAAUUAUUUUAUUUAUAUUUUACUUAUUUGGCAAGUUAUAAGAAUAAAAAAAGUAUUUAACACGCUCGCUAUGACAGUUUCCGUUUAUGCCAAAAAGUGAUACAUCAUAUGUACAUAUAUACAAAAAAAUAUUAAACACUCCCUAUACAUUGAAAACUUAUACUUAAAACAUUUAAUUAUAAACAAGAAAUUUCAGUAAUAUUUUUUCUAAGUGCACUACGUUAUACUCUGAAUAUGCAACCAACUAUAUACUGGAGUAUUUUAUCCACAACAGGCCGGUUUGCUUGCUAUUUCAAAUUGAAUUUUAAUCAAUUUUGAAUACGAUUAAGGAAAAAAGAUUUUUCGAAGUGAUAUUGCUCCCGCCAUAAGUCAACAAUUCACUAUAAAAUAGACGGCAGCGAACAAUUUCCACCAAAUAGAAAACGAUAUAGAAUAGGGAAAACAUAUUAAACCCCAACCUCGUAUUAUGUGUGCGUGCGUUGAAGAACGAUCGUCAUUAUUAUACAUCGAAAUGUAAAUGUAUAAGCAGGAAACUGGUAGAUAAACUUGUGUAUAGCAUUCUAAAUAUAUGCUUUAUGAAAGUGUCAAUAUUUAAACGUAUAUGCAGAGAAACUAUUUACAACGUCAUUGUUUAGGAAUUUUCUAGAAGGGGAUUGCGGAAGGGCAGUCCGCGGGACGCUCCCGCGGAUUCCAUGUUCUAAAUUAAAGAAACCGACCGGUUUAUUUAUAAUACCGAUAAUCAAAAAUUCUAUAAACAAUUGAAUAUUGUUUAUUGUAAAGGCUGUUUUUAGUAUAAUAUACCGUUUAUUUUCAUUGUGAUAUAUGUUGACGAACAAAACGUGUGCGCUUUCGAUGUGUUUGUUAUGAAUUAAUGAUUUUAUCGAUUGUUUAUGUUCGAUAUUGUUUAUAUGGUUAUGAAAAUAAAA